UGCUUUGUUAGAGAAGUUCCAAUUUCAACCACAAUGUUUUCUCCACAGUUGCAGGCUGUGAGCAGUUCAAUUGCUGGUUGGUCUUCUGCCAACAGCAUUUCAAUUUGCACCCAAACAGAUGUUUUGAAUUGUAGACCCUUACAUCUGAGUCAGAAAGCUGGAGGCUCAAGUCCCACUGCAACUCACUUGAGCACAAAAUAUUAAGGGAGUACUGCUCUGUCCAAGGUGCUACAUUUACAUGAGACAUUAAACCAAGGCCCUAAUUGCCCUCUCAAGAGGUCACAUAAUACCCUUCAGCAGUAUUUUGAAGAUGAACAAGGGAGUUUGCCCUUGUGUUCUGACCAGUAGUGAUUCCUCAACCAAAAUGAGGUAAAGCAGAUUAUCUGGUCUGUACCUGUGUGCUGUUUUGUGGGGUUUUACUGCAGGUAUGUUGGCUGUCACAGUUCCCCACACUACAAACAUGACUGUAAUUUCCAAGAGAAUUUUAUGAGCUGGAAGAUGCUUUGGGAUUCCCCGAAGCAUUGAAAUUAAUCACAUAAAUACAGAAUUUUUCCUUUUGUUCAUGUGUUUAAAUGGUGACUUACUGUUUGGGAUUUUUUGAUAAAUUAUGCCUAGAAUAAAGUGGGAAACUAAUGUGUCUUGCUUUAUUCACAUUCUUCUACCAAGGGGUGGUUAUGUGAACUUUUACGUUGGAAAGAAGACCCUUCCCCAGAGAAUAGGACUCUUUGGGAAAACUUAUCAAUGAUCAGGAGGUUCCUGAGCCUUCCUCAGGCUGAGCGAGAUGCCAUUUAUGAACAAGAAAGCAAUGUGAUCCAUCACCAUGGAGACCGACCAUCCCACAUUAUUCAUGUUUCUGCAGAGCCAAUUCAGCAACAGCCAGCAGCACCCCGACUUGCACCUAAACAGCCUACGUCAACACCAGCAGAGUCAGAAGAUGAGAGCCGGCAUAAGCCCAGAUCUCGUACUAAGAUUUCUGUAGAAGCCCUGGGGAUCUUACAGAGCUUUAUACAGGAUGUAGGUUUGUACCCAGAUGAAGAAGCAAUUCAGACUCUGUCAGCUCAACUUGACCUGCCCAAGUAUACAAUCAUAAAGUUUUUUCAAAACCAACGUUACCAUCUAAAGCAUCAUGGCAAACUGAAGGACCAUGCAGGCUUGGAGGUAGAUGUGGCUGAGUAUGAGAAAGAGGAAUUGCUGGAAGACUCAGAGGACUCAGAGGAAAAUGAGGAAGGCAAAAGCUCAAAAGAAAUAUAUUCAGUUAAAGUGGAAGAGACAUUGUCAGGAGAAGGGACUACAAAUAACUUAGAUCCUGAUCAGGAACCAAAAGACUGACCCUGAUGUUACAUGAACAUUUCUUUAUUUUGUAACUGUGCCACUGAUGUGUAAUUACAUGAAAACCCGUCUUGUUUCCUGCAUUAUUCAUCAGAAAGACCAAUUUGUCUUUACAAACUUGCACAAAUAUAUUAGAAAGAGUCCCAGUAAAAGACUGAACAAAUCUCCUGUGGAUAAUGCAGACUGCACUAGAAGUUUUUCAUUUUUUCUUUCAAGCAAACAAGCAGCUACAUAUGAAGUAUUGGGAUUGCCUUGAACAUUUUUGUAACUGCUGUUUACUGAUUAAUGACAGUUUCUGUACGGCGCAUCAACAGAGGAAACUGACACUGUAUGAUGUUUGACUGUAUUAGCUGUCAAACUUAAAAUGCUCAUUCAGAAGCUUUCCACAACUGAUCACAGAUUAGCCAGUUCUGAAUGGAUCAAACACUCCAGUUUCAAUUCUCCACCCAAACCGGUAUGUUUCUUGCAACUUAAAAGGAAAAUCUGGCCUUUUCAAAAUUAACAAAAUUGAAGAUGAGAAUACUUUGUGCUUAGCUAUUGUUAAAGUUGCAAAAAAAAAUGAAGAAACUGCUCGCUGUAAAAUGCAGCGUUAAUGGAAAAUAUGCCAAUAAUUGCCUUGUGUAAUAUGGCACUGCCAUCAUUCAAUUAUUCUGCAAGAGAGCAAUCACUGUAACUUUGAGUCUUGUCAUUUCCUGAUUUUAAAAUGUGAAACACAACUUUUUUUUUAAAAAUUUGUGUAGUCUAGAUUAUUUAUUUUAAGAAAACUUAGCCUCAUGAUGUAAUUAAUUUUUUGAAGUUUCUGUUACAUGUAACAUAGUGCUUUUUCAUACUGACUUUUUCUAUUUAUAAAUGUAUUUUGAUGGGCAGUGAUACAAAGUGUCUUAAAAGUUUCAAUUGAAAAAUUGUGCUUUAAAAUUUGCCUAAAAACUGCUGUAUGUUAUCAAAGCAAUUCAUACCAUGGGCUUCACUCUUUAUGGUGUAUGCAAUUUUCUAUAUUAAUGUUAAACCAUCAUGCAAAUGAACAUAGGUUAAUAAAAAAAUAAAAUACAUUAGAUAACUUAUAAACUUCACAGAAAAAUAGAUGUUUUGCAAUGUGUCUUCCUUCGGUUUACAAUGGAUUGAAGCUUUUUUCAGUAUAAAUUUCUGUAUGAAGAUUACAAGUGUACCUGUUUUUCUGAGUUAUAUUGCGAUGUGGAACUGAGAUCACAAAUUAUUUUGUUAAAUCUGACCAUGUUAGACUUUUUUUUAAAGCAUCACAGGUUUUCUUUAUGCAAAAAUGUUCAGAUGGGGAUGGUUAUUAAUUGUUAAUCGCACAAUUAAACUAUCUUUGUAUAAUAUGAUAA